AUGACCGAACUGGUCGCCGGACUUUCCUGCAAUUGCACCGCAAUCCAACAGAUACACAAUAACCCAAGCCAUGGUCCAAGUAAAACAGACAAUGGCAGAAAGGAAAUCCCCGUGAAAAUCACCCAUCGUGGCAUCAAAUUUGUUAAUGUCCACCGGAUACCCAAUUCAAACUUCAAGACCAUUGAGCCUUUUUGCACAUUCCCUGUGUGGUCGCAAAAUCGAGCUGCACCAAAUUGA